UUGGAUUUAACUCCUUCCAUAAACUUACCCUUUGAUGCACUUUGACAGCUUGGAAAACACGCGCCCACAAUGGAGCGUUUAAUUAAAAUGUACUGUACCAAGAGAGCAGGAUAGCAUAAAUAACCUGGAAAAAUAAAUCUCCUCCUCUACUAAUAAUCCCUCACGCAGUACCUUUCUCUUCCUUGGUUUUCAAGUCAAAACAACACAAACCCUACUCUCUCUCUCUCCUCACCAAAUAUCACCAGAAAAAAAAAAAUUCACCUAUGCCCACCAGUCACUCCACCUAGAAAGAGAGAAAAAAAAUCAAACCAAAUUCCAAAAGAGACCAAGAAAAGAAAAAUGAAGAUAAAGAACAAAGGUAAAGUUUAUCCUUCUCCAUCAUCUUCUUCUUCGUCUGUUGGUGAUAAUGGAGAUAGAGAUGUUCUUUCUGUGUUAAAGCUUUUACCUGCUGCCAUUCUUGCUCUAGCUUCUGUUCUUUCACUUGAAGACCGUGAAGUUCUUGCUUAUAUGAUUACUAGGUCCUUAAAAACCACCACCACGAAUAACCCAUCUCCAUCCCUUCAAGAUUCCAAGAAAAAAUCCUCCAAGAAACCACAAAACAACAAUAAUAGCCAGAGAAGUAAUCAUAUAGCUCCAAUCUUUGAUUGUGAUUGCUUUGACUGCUAUAUAAGCUACUGGUUCAGGUGGGACUCUUCUCCUAACCGUGAACUCAUUCAUCAAGUUAUUGAAGCCUUUGAAGAACACUUGACCAGUGAUGAAAUGUCAAGGAAACAUACAAGAGGUAAAAGAAGAGACAAAGCGGGUCGUCGGGUCGGUGAAAAAUCGGUUCUUGAUGUUCCGGGUCAACCCGAAAUGAUACCGGUUCUGGAGACCAGUAAUACUACAUCCCAUGAGUCUUCAUCUUCUUGUUCUGUCGCUGAUGUUGUUAAUGUCAAUGUUGGUUGUCCGGAUAAUGGCUUAUCCCCUGAGAAAGUGGCUGAGAGGGAGGAAAUGGAAGAGUGUGUCAAGCUUUAUGAUGAAGUGCCUGAGGAGGUGGUGGUAGCGGAGACUGCAGCGGCGGCUCAUGGGGUCGCGGUGUGUAGCCACCACAAGGGUUUGGCAAGGAAGGUAUUACCGGAUGUGCUAGGGUUACUAAAUUCUCGAUUAUGGAAUCUUUGGAGUCCAAAUGUGUAAGUUCCCAAGAAAAAGAAGAAGAAGAAGAAAAGAAAUUAUUAUAAUUAUAAUUUCUUUCUUUCUCUUCUUUUUUUUUUUUUUAAAAAAGUUUGGAGAUAAAUAUGUUUAAUUUUUUAUGGGUAGAAUAUAUCGGUAUGAUGUCCCCUCUCGAUGGAAACUAUUUUUUAAGUAGCUCGCUUUUUUUUGUUAUCAUUGAUUAGUGAUAUUUUUGGCUGGAAAGUAUGUAAACUUGCCGGCACCAAGUCAUUUUCUCGGCAAGGAAUUGUUCGGUGGUUUUCCCGGAAAAAGUGUUCAUAAUCUUUUUGAUUUGGACGGAUUAAUCUUUUUGCUUAGGAACUAAGCAUCGUGAUUAGGUGAAGAUAGUUACUUGGGGUAGGCCAAGAAAAUGAGUUUUUUAGCUACUUAGUGGAGGACGGAGAUUAUACUAUAUUGUAUAUAUAGGGAAAUCCAUGAAAUAUGAAAUUUGCAUUAUUUUA